CCCUGUCACUGAACACAAACUUAGUAAAGCCAGGUAAAGCAAAGGAAAAAAAAAGAAGGAUGAUUUUGCCCAGGAUCGAACUGGGGACGUUCUGCGUGUUAAGCAGAUGCCAUAACCAACUAGACCACAAAACCUUUCCUUGUUAAAGGAAUUUGGCAUGGUUAGUCAAGUUGGAUAAACUUUAAGUUAUAUAGGUAAACUGAUUCGAAUUGGAAACCGUGAAAAAAAAAGAAACCUUGUAUAUAUGCCGACAGACAACAUUCCAGGGCACGAUAGACACUCACAGAGCCUUAUAUCACAGAGAACUUUGUUAUCCUAUAACCAAUUGAAUACAACUGAGGGAUGUGAACAGUCAAUGACACGAUUUCAGUUUUUGAGAACCCUCCCACUUUUAAAGGGGAGCUUUUUAGAAAAACCAGCUAUAAACAUCGAUUCAAUAGUGCUAGAACAGAGGGGAAGAGCUAGGGUAACUCAUGGGUAUUGCAACAUAUUUAGAAGACACUUAAAAGGUUUGAUACGUCCAAAACUCUCUGUUUCUCUGGACGUUCAUGCCACGAUAUUCAACUAUUCAACCUUGUCUUAAACUCUGGACAUUUGUGUAAGCUUGAAAUUCUGUUAUGCAGCCGUCAGGAAGACUCUAAAUUUCCCAGAGACUACCAGAGUAUGGUCCUUUUGUCACCAAUAAUUCUCUUGACCGACUUCGAACUUUUCGGGUUAUGUGGG